AAUUUAUGAGAGAUAUGUAGAUAGAUAGACCUUCUCAUUCAUUCAUCAUUCUACUCAGAAAUUGUUUAAAUUUAGUUUUCUAUAGACACUCAAACUAGACAGAACACAAAAUGCAGCCAUUAUCAGGAACUUUUUACGAUGCAAGCGAAAAAAUCUGGCAUGGACCCAAAAGAAAGGAUUUAUAUAAUUCUAAAUUAACAGUGGGCGAAGUGGCCAUAGAGCAAUUAAGACAAAAUCCUCACAAGAUUAUACAAAUUAUGGAUUCAACAGGAGAAACCUUAACAGCACAAGAGCUAGUGGAUUAUUCUUUAAAUUUGUCUAGAAAUUUGCUGAGUUUGGGUCUAAAGCCUAAAGAUGUUAUAGGACUUUAUGCUCAAAAUAGUACUCACGUAGCCACCGUAAUGUUGGCCUCAUUUUUAUGUGGUACACCGGUAAAUGCCUUAUUUCCAGCAUUUGAUGUGGAAAAUGUUGCCCUGAUUUACAAUAAUACCAGACCAAAAGUUAUAUUCUGUGAUGUUGAAAAUUAUGAAAAUGCCCGAACAGCAAAUGAUAAUUUAAACCUAAAUGCUUUGAUUUAUUUAAUGAAUGGUGAAAUUGCUGGUGUAAGGAAUAUUAAGGAACUAUUGGAAUGUGAUCAUAAAUUAACAAAUGGUGAAUUGUCUGCUUUUCGAUUGCCCUGUUUGGAUAUGAAUGGCGAUGAUACUGCUAUCAUAUUGUGUUCAUCGGGUACUACUGGCACUCCAAAGGGCGUAAUGUGUUCACAUUAUGGGUUGCUUAAUAAGGAUUUAUAUCCAAAUACAACUGUCGACUCUGUGGUAUUCAAUUUCAGUACCAUGUAUUGGGCUUCUGGAGUUUUAACUCUUCUCUCAUCCCUGUUCCAUUGUUUAACACGUGUCAUCACCAAUAAACCAUUUACACCCGAAUACUUUCUAUACUUAGUAGAAAAAUACAAAAUCACUCAUUCCCUCUGCACUGGUUCGCAAAUGGCGGAAUUAGUUAUAAAUAUUGCACCCUCGAAAAUAAGAAAAUCUCUUAGAUCUAUUGAUUCUUUGAUGUGUGGUGGUUCUAAAGUACCCGAAAUUGUACAAAAGAAAAUGGUGGAUAUUUUAUCAGAGAAUCCAAAACGUCCAGGAUUUUUGGUGGCCUAUGGUAUGUCAGAGCUAUGUGGUUGGUUGUCAUUGAGUGGUGCUUAUCCAUAUGAGUUUGGCGAGCUGUCUGAGGGUAAAUUGGCACCAAAUGACAAAGUUCGUAUAGUCGACAAGCUGGGUAACUUUUUGGGUCCCAAUGAAAGUGGUGAAAUAUUGGUAUGUUCACCCUAUAGAUUUGUGGGUUAUUUCAACAAUCCAGAAGCCACGCAAAAAGCCCUAAAUGGUGAUUGGCUUUAUUCUGGCGAUAUUGGUUAUUUCGAUGAACAAGGCUUUUUGCAUGUGUGUGGUCGUGAUAAGGAUGUAUUUAAAUCUUUUAAUUUUCAAAUUUAUCCCCAAUUAAUUGAGGAUUACAUAUUGAAAAUCCCCGGUGUUGCUGAGGUUUGUGUGGUUGGUAUACCCGAUUUGGUGGCUUCAAAUUUGACAGCAUGCGUUGUAGUACGUAAACAAGAUGAAAGUGGUUUAGCUCUAACGGCCGAGGCUAUCGAUCAAUAUAUUAAAGAUAAUAUGGCAAAUAUGUAUCAUUUGAAAGGUGGUGUGUAUUUUGUGGACUCUCUACCAAAAACUGGUUCCGAUAAAAUUCAAAGAAAGCUGGUGUUAGAUUUAAUAAAUAAAUCUUGAAAUGUUAUUAAUUGCAGGAGCAUUAUUACAAAUACAUAAGAAUAGCGAUUGUAAUUUUCGACAUUUUCCAAAUAUAUUUUUCAAAAGUAUUUAACUCUUUGUUAAUUUAAAUGUUUGUUUUGAACUUUUUUAAAAAUAAAUAAAAUUAAUUUAUU